GUCCCUACUUCUGGCCAUGCUGAGAGGGCAUUUCUCAUGCAGAAUACGCAUCACCAAGGAGCUGCAGAACCUGUGAUGCUAGGCCCUGCAUUCCAGACGUGGGGGAGCUUGGAAAAACUGCAUGACAAAUCUCGGAAUCUUCCAGACCCAGACACUUUUGCAUUUGAUACCGCAUGGUCGCGGCACUGCAGGCACCUAGUGGGUGAGUCGUGUGGUUGGAGAAAUGUAGUAGUUCUUUUUUUGGGCGAAAAUCAUGUUGAACCACCGGUAAUAAGCGAACGAUUUGAUGAAAAUGAAAAAACUCCUUUUAUUUUACAGCCUCUAUAUUUACACCUUGAUGAAAAUGAAGACUCGGUCGGGUCUUCAUAUUCAUUUUGACAGAAAAUAUCAACUGUAGCAAUUUGAAUUUAAGUAUUUCUGUUGUUACGAGUAGAAAUUCGAAAUUUGUUUCAUUUUUUGAAAUGACGACGGAAUGCUGAUGAAGUGUAGUCUCGUGUUUUUCGGGAAUACAGGCCGCAAACAGUGUACAAGAAGAGUAAAUUGGUAUAAACCGAGAAAGCCAAGCCAAAACCUGUACGCAACUACUCCAAAAGACUUGCAGAAAGGAUACAACUACGAACCCAGAACACGAUUUAUUCGAGUUGCAAGUCUUUGUUUUUGGUUAAGAUGUUCAAAAAGUAAUUCGUACUCCCAGUGCCAUUGCGAUUGCAGGAGCAGGCGAGGAUGUAU